AUGGCGCUAGGCGCCUCGGCCGCUGGCACUGUCAACUAUACUGAUACCAACACUGGUAUCUCAUUUUCGGGUUAUAGCGAUGGAAAGGGGUAUCUCUUCGGUAUGGCUCUGCCCGAGACUAUCGGCACGGACGCCAUCAUCCAAUUGGUUGCUCCUGCAACAGACGGUGCGGGAUGGGCUGGUUUCGACUUUGGUGUUGCUAUGGCCAACAAACUUCUGCUUUGCUCAUGGCCCAACGGCGACGAUGUGGUCACAUCCGCUCGUGUUGCCACCGGCUACACCAACCCUCCCGAGUACACUGGUGACAUCUCAUUCUACCCUAUCGCCGAUGGUACAUUCGUUAACACCACUCACUACUCGGCAACAUUUCUCUGCUCCGGAUGUAUUACCAACGACGAUGAUACCUUUCUCACAACCGACACCCUCGCCACACUCGGCUGGGCUUACUCCGCCACGGCGCCGACCACACCUGCUGAUACAGCCAGCGCCUUGAACUACCACGCUGCCGGUUUCGGGGGUUUCGGUAUGACGCUCUCUUUCGCACAGUCCGCAGAAUACGAGACCUGGGCUGCUCUGGCCAGCACGACCGCUUCCUGGCCCGCUACAACCAGUGGCGGCAGUAACUCCACCAUUGGAGGCAGCACUGGCGGCAGCAACUCUACCGUCCCUAGCAACAGCACCACCACUGUGACCUACUCGAACGAGACCUACGACUACAUCAUUGCAGGUGCCGGUCCUGCUGGUUUGGUCGUCGCUGGCAGACUUGCAGAGUCUGGUGCUUCCGUCCUUCUCAUUGAGCGUGGUGGUGCCUCCACCAUGUCUUCGGGCGGUGAUGCUACCUUAACCUGGAACUCUAGCGUCACCCAGUACGAUGUGCCAGCUGAGGCUUACUACCUUUCCACGGCUGCCGUCACUGACGAGUACUGCACUGACACCGCUUCUCAAGCUGGUUGUCUUUUGGGAGGUGGCGGUAUGGUCAACGCUCUGAUGUAUGUCAAGCCCCAGGACAAGGACUUUGACGACAACUGGCCUACCGGCUGGACCUCUUCUGACAUCUCGGCCGCUGCUGAGCGCCUGUACGCCCGCAGCUCCGGUACUACCUUGCCUUCCGCCGAUGGUAAGCUAUACGACCAGGGUGCUUACGAUGUGCUGUCUUCUUUCUUGAGCGCCAACAACUUCACCUCGGUCGAUGCCAUUGAGCAGCCCAAUGAGAAGAUCGAUACCUACUCUCAUCCUCCUUGGCUCAUCCAAGACGGUAUGCGUGGCGGUCCCGUCAAGUCUUACCUUCCCCUCGUUCAGGAUCUCUCCAACUUCAAGCUCAGCCUGAACACCAAGGUCAUCCGCGCUGUCCGUGAAAGCUCUUUCAUCUCUGGUGUUGAGGUUCAGUUGGAGGAUGGCACCAACCAGAUCAUCAACGUUACUGAGUCUACCGGAAAGGUCAUCCUCGCCGCUGGUACUCUGUCGACACCCAGGAUUCUGUUCUACUCUGGUAUUGGGCCCACUGAGCAGGUGGAGGCUGUUCCCUCCGAUGUCACGCUUCCCGCGUCUUCCGAGUGGAUCAACCUUCCUGUCGGCCAAGGUGUCAAGGACCACACCAUCAUCACCUUCACCAUGAGCUCUAAGACCGCCAUCGAUGCUCUCACUUCCGCCAACUUCACUUCCCCUACUGAGGAUGCUAUCUCCCAGUUCGCUCAGGGUUCCGGUGUCUUGACCCAGGGUGGGCAGCGCCUCAACUUCUGGACCUCUGUCGUCUCCCCCAGUGAUGGAAAGACCCGUUACAUGCAAGGAACCUGCAACUCUCCCUCUGAUGACACCAUCAAGGUCAAGCUCUAUGUCACCCACGGUCUUACCUCUUCCACUGACUUGGUCCUCGACUCUGCUGGUACCUCCACUCAAUUCUCUGGCUCCCCUUGGCUCCAGACUGAUGGUGACAUUGAGGCUUUCCAGGUCAUGUUUGACCGAUUCAUCCAGGCGACUGGCAAGGAUAACUCCACCUUGACCCUCCAGCUUGUUGAUGGUACCGCUGUUGGCUCUGACAUCACUGGUGCUACCUACUACGACAACGUCAAGUCUACCUACACCACCGGUGCUCACUUCGUCGGUACUGCCAAGAUGGGUACUGAUGAUGGACGCACUGACAACGGUACCGCGGUCGUUGACUUGAACACUCAGGUCUAUGGAACCGACAACUUGUUCGUUGUGGACGGCAGCUUUCACCCAGAUCUACCCACAGGUAACACUCAGGCUAUAAUUCUCGUUGCCGCAGAGGCCGCGGUUGAGAAGAUUCUUGCCCUCGACGGAAAGACUAUCAGCGAUAGCGGAGCUUCAACGGGCUCAUCAGGAAGCGUCUCAAGCAGCGCGCCCACCAGCACGGCUUCGUCUAGCCCCAAGACUGGUAAGUGCAAGCGCGCCGCGAAGGCUCUUCGCGAGAAGGAGGCCAAACAGAAGCGUGAGCAGCAGGAGAAGGCUGUCAGGGGCGCCAGGCGCCAGGUCCGUAGCCAGUCCCACAAGGCCUACAAGAAGGGUCUGAGCAGCCGCCGCAGCGAGCUGGCUGAGAUGUACGAGAUGUAGAUUGAUUGGUUCUUUGGAUGUUCGCCUGUUGCAUUUACAUGGUGGGGGAUCUGGGGCAGGGGGUUUACCUGCAUUAGCCAUUGGAUGGAUGGUAUUCCAUUUCAUUAUGUAUAUAUUGAUUAGCUUCAAAAACUGUAAAGUGUUCAUGUUG